UAAGUCUGCAUCGCGACUCAUCAUUCUUCUGUUUGCAGGUUUGAUUUUGAGGGCAACAUUUCAGGUCUGGUCAUCACUACCACACAGUGAUUGUGAAUCCCAAAUCAAUUCACCAAUAAAUGCUCUGAAUAUUCCUGUCAUCUUUGAAUUGAAGAAGAGUUUCCAGAAGAGCAGGACAAACUUCAAGUGUGUCAACAAUUUCUGACAUACUACUGCAAAGAUGGAUUUUAUUAAAGAGGAGAGUGAGGACAUGGGUUAUCCAGAAACACACAGAGUGAAAAAUGAAGAUACUGAGGAACAAAUAGACCUGAUGGAUUCGAAAGAAGAAAAUGAAGAACUUAAUGAAGUGGAGGAGGAACAUCAGCAUCAGAAAUCUCCUAAUGUCACACCUGGAGAGAAAUCAUUUAGUUGCUCACAGACUGAACAGAAUUCCUCACAACAAACAAAGGCUCAUAAGAUUUACACAUGCCCUCGUUGUGGAGAGAAUUUCACUCGUAAAAUUGUUUUUAAGAGACAUUUAAGGAAUUACGCUGAAGAUAAGCCCAUCGCAUGCCUCCAGUGUGGAAAGAGGUUAAAAAAUUCAGUGUACCUUAAGUCUCACAUGAGAAUUCACACUGGAGAGAGGCCUUUCAUAUGCCAUCACUGCGGAAAGGAUUUCGCAUAUUUGAAAUGUCUUGAAAAUCAUGUGGACUUUCAGCACCCUGAUGCAAAGCCCUUAAACUGUGAGUGCGAUAAAAACGUUACCGUGGCAUCAAAUGAAAAGCCCCAUUUGUGUUCCUUAUGCGGAAAAAGCUUUUCAUGCUUGCACCUUUUUAAGGAGCACCAGGAAAUUCAUUCCAGUGUGAAAACUCACGUGUGCCCUGAGUGUGGCGAUGCCUUUACAAAAGCAGGCAACUUGAAGAUGCACCAAAGAAUCCACAUUAAAGAUAAACCAUACAAGUGUUCACACUGUGGACAGAGUUUCACUCAUUCAGUAGCCCUGAAAACACACGAGAAAGUGCAUACUGAAGAGAAGCCUUCAAGUGAGAUGACUUGCACCUAAUCAACUCAUUUCAAAAAAUGUCAGAAGCUCUCAGUUCCGAUAUCGAUUCCGUAACGAUUGAUGUGGGUUUAUUUCUGUUAUAAUGUCCCUUUUGCUUACAUCUAAAAGAAAUGAUCUCCCAGCUAAUGCUGUUAAUUAUAUAGGGAAAUUUUAACUAGAUUAAUUUGGAAAAUAUUAAUUUUACUAAUUAUAUUUGAUUUAUUUUUUUCAUCAUUUUGGUCACAUCUUGGCUUUUUAAAAAUAAGAUAUUUUAUUUCCUAUAAAAUAUUUGUUAAAUUACAUAAUUUGUACUAUUUACAAGUAUUUACAGUGAUUUGUUUAACACGUGCUAAACCCGGUACGGUCUCUUUUACAAAAACUGCAUUUUAGUAAACAACGCCUUUUAAAUGAGCGCAUCUUUACUAGAGAGGACUUGAAUGGCUUUAUCUCAUCUGUGCAAUGCAUGAUUAGAAUUAAAAAAAAAAGUUUUUUAUCAACAACUGACUAAAGAACAAAUAGGGUAUUAAAAGAGACCGUAUUCAAUGACACAUGGGUCACGUGGAUCUCGUCUUGGACACUCAUUACACGGAACAACUUUUAAUGUCAACACGCUGUGAAAGGUUCUCGCUGCUGAACACUUCACGACUAAACUACACAAUUACUGGUGAGUGAAAUGUAAACAUUUACAAGCCAGUUGCCAAAUAUAUUCACUUUAGUCACAUAGCGCGAAAUUUGGUUGCAAAUGCAAGGGAUUUCCUCUUAUUGUAGUGGCGGGUUGCCCACUGAAAGAUCAAUCUUGUGAUUUAAGAAUCGAUAUUGAGUUUGUUCAAAUUUAGAUGUAUCGGAAAAACUGUAUUUUUACUCUCCCCUAUUUAUUAGAAGAAAUUGGUAGGGAUAUUUGCCAAAAUACAACUGAACUGGUGAUUGUAAUGCUUACUAUUUUGAAUUAAAAAGAUGCACAAUCCGUUCACGUCUUGUAAUUGUAUUUUUUCAUUUAAUGUCCAAAAAUGUAUGGCUGCUCAUUUCCAAACCAAAAGAAAACACAGUCUUUAAUUUAUUUUCGGAUAAAUAUGUGCUUUACUGAAAAAAAUGCUAGAGAAAACAUGCAUUAAUCUAAGAGUAGCAGCCGGCGUUAUCUGAAUUUGUGAAACGCGUCUUUUAAUUUGAAGGUGUCUUAUCAUUGGCCAACAUCCACUUCAGACAAUUGGAGAACUUCAGAAACCAAACAACAAUAGUUAAAGGUGAAUUGUGUAACUUUCUGUAUGUCAAAUUAAGUUCUAAUAUCCCAGUUUAUUGUUCAUUGACAACUAAAAGUUACCUUCCCCAAAAGUUUAAACACUAUCAAAACAUUGAUGUUUUUAUUUUGAGCAGCCCGCUCCGCUCCACCCAUCCCUUUUUAUCUAAACCUAUAGCAUGAGUUUGGGAAAUGGCUACUUGUAGUAAACUGUUCAACUGGGAGAAUGUGAACGUCCAUGGCAGAUGUGUUACAGAGGAAACUAAUCUUUGUCUUUUAGCAAGUCUUUUUUCUGUCUCUUAGCUUCACCAAAAUUCAGAGUAAAAUCAGAGUAAACAUUUACAAGGUGGAAGACUUUGAGGUUUGAUUCUUACUGUCUGUCUUCUCGACAGGUAAGCUACACUCUGGUAUUGCCACACAAGUUCGCUCAUUACUGUUGAGCAUUAGAACAUUUAUAAGAUACUUGGAAUAUAUAUUGUUACACUUACUAUUUACCGAAAAUGAUCCCACAUCUUGUGCUAAACUCCCCGCACACCAGCUGCCAUUCAAUCCAGUGAUGAGAUCGGACGAGCUGAUUCCUCUGAAAUGCUUUCUGUCUGGUGUGUUUAUG